UUCUACAAUUGCCAACACACCAAUUCCAACCUUAUCUUGAGGACACCUCCAUCUCCUUCCUUUGGUUAUUGUUAGAGCACAAACAAGGUAAUUUGACAAAUACAAGAGCCACCAUACUAUGCAAUAUGAACCAUACUACACUUCCCAUGAAAGGUGUGGCCACAUGGACAGUGAUGCCAUCACCUAUGCUUCCUAUACCAUUACCAUCUUCUCUCAAUAAAAUUUCCACUCACAAUUUGGGCUUGUGUUGUCCCUUAAAAGAUUUGACUUUGAGCAACCAAAGAGGUACAAGCCUCUUGUGUGCAGCAAGGAGGCAAAUUAGAUACCAAGAUGAGGAUGAAGAUAGUGAUGAAGAGUAUGGGCACAAUGAGGAGAUUGCUAAGUUAGAGUUUUAUAGUCAAACAGCAAAAGGAGAAGCACUCAUUGUGCAUGCACUUGUUGACCAUGAGGAAGUAGAUGUGCUUAUCUUCAAGGGGUUCUCAUCAUGCUUGAGCUACAGUACCAUCUCUGACCCAACAAGAAGCAUUCUUCCAGCCAGGGCAGUGAUAAUGUCCAUAGAUAGAAUCAGAGGACCUUUUGCCCCUGCCAAUAUAGAGUAUCUGCAGAAGGGUGUAACCUGGGAAGAAUUCAAGACAAAUCUUCUCUCCAAUUAAAGAGCAUUCAAUUUUGUUCUCAAUUUUUUUUUCUUCUUCAAACAAGCUGAAAAUAUAUUGUUGUUUUGUUUUUAAUCAUAAAAAUGUCAUUUUUAGAAUUAAUUUUUGUUU